GAAAGAAAAAAAACCUAUUUGUUUGAGAGACAUUCUUAUCAAAAAAAAUGUCAAGUGACGAGAAACGAUACGAGAAAUCAGACUUUAACCUCGACAUUAAGUUCGUGAAAAACUGCAGUGAUAUCGAUCCAUAUGAUGAUGAUCCAGAUGUUUUAAGAGCUGAAUUAUCCUGCGGUCACUUCAUUGGCCCACAGACACUGACAGACUACUGCAGAAUACAACUGGAUGACGGUAAAGCCGAGCUGAAAUGCCCUUUGUGUGAAAAACAAUGGUCUUACACUGAAGUGCGAAAAUUAGCCAAACUUACACCUGAAGAACAGCAAUACUUUGAGGAAGUUCUUGCAAACAAUGCCAUUAGAAGGUUAUUAGACAUCAAGAAUUGUCCUGGAUGUGACUGGGUCAUCGAGAGAUCAGACCCAUCCAGUCUCUGUGUGCAGUGCAGCGUUUGCUCUGUAAAUAAGGGCCGAGACUUUGAGUUCUGCUGGCAGUGUUUGAGAGAAUGGAAAGGUGAUCAGCCCCGUUCUGAUCGAUGUGAAAAUGAAGGUUGCAGCAACAGCGAUCUGGAUCUGCUGAGAAAUUGUGCAACUACUGCUUUAAAAGAUGCUGGAGGUAUCGAAUGUCCAGCUGUUCGUGCCUGUAUAACAUGUGGUUUGCUGCUUAACCACAACACAGAGAGAAGUAAAAACAUUGUGUGCUCUCGGUGUAAUAAAGAGUUUUGUUUUGUCUGUCUCAAGCUCACACGUGACUGUGCAAAGACAAGUGGUUACUAUCAGCUCUGCUCAGAUGGUGUGGCUCCACGACAGACAACUAUUCCAGUUUGGAGAUCUAACUAA